GCCUGGGCUCAUGCUUGACGGCCAGUGUCUCCUCAGGGAAGGAACAGCCAUUCCUCUCCUCUGUUGGCCACAGGCAGAGGGCAUCUGACGCCCCCCCACCCUCCACAGAAGGGAACAUGCCCCCCCCCAUGUGAAAUGAGGCCCUCCACUAAGCGAGGCCCCAAAGCAGGCCAAUGGCUGCACAGAUGCCCAGUGGCCACAGAAGAGAGGCUUGGACUCGUCUCCCCUCCCCCUCCUUGGACCCCCCACAGCCACGGCCCUUGGGGGAGAUCCUGGCAAUUGCCCAGCAGAGGGGGAUCAACCGAUCCCGGCAACCCACACACAAGCCGUGGGAGGCCGGUGGAGUCAGCCUCAGGAAGGGCUGGAGGUCUUGGGAAGCCGGGAGGCUCUCAGCGGCAUCAGAGGGGGUGUGGAGGGGGUUGUGGUGAGUUGAUGGCCCAAUGACGUGACUGGAGACCCUCUUCCCCAGAAGAGCCGAGCAUGUCUGGUCCCACUGACCAAAGGAAGACCCAAGCAGACCCCGCCCCCGCCCCCAAGCAGGGCUCCGAAUUCUUGAAAGCAGAGCCACAGCUCAUCUUGGUGCCUGUGGCCUCAGGCUGGCACGAAUCCUGGACUAUGCCCUCUGCCCUGAGCCCGGGAGAGGCCAACCCUGAAUCGAGAAGGGCUUGCGUGUGGCCCUCAGGCCCCUCCCAGCGUUUUGGGGCCAUCGCGCCUGGAAGAGGAAGAAGCUGCUGGGCUCCAGUGGGUGGAGUGGCGGACUGGCAGAGGAGCCCUUUGGCCGAGAGAUCUGAACAAACAAGCUCUCGCACAGCCCCUGCGCACUCCGCCAUGUGUACCGGGAAGUGUUCCCGCCUGGUGGGCCUCACCCUGGUGGCCGCGGCCCUGGCCUGCAUGGCGGCUAACAUCCUGCUGUUCUUCCCCAAUGCUGAGAGGCAGUGGACACCGGAUCACAUCACCACGCAGGCCUGGCUCAUGGGGGGCGUCAUCGGCGGGGGGCUGAUGGUUCUCUGCACCGGCUGCUCCUCAGUGCGGGCCGGCGGGAAGGGAUGUUGCGGCUACGGAUGCUGCGGGAACCGAUGCCGGAUGCUGCGCUCCGUCUUCUGCUCCGUCUUUGGGGGGCUGGGUGCCUUCUACUGCCUGGUGGUCUCCUCCACAGCACUGGCCGAUGGGCCCUGGUGUGAAACGGAAUCUCAGUGGGCAUCCCCCUUCAAGGAUCUCAGUGACAACUAUCUUCAAAACAAGACGAUGUGGGAGGUGUGCCUGAACCCCCCAUCCAUUGUCCUCUGGCACAUCGUGCUCUUCUCCAUCCUGCUGGGGCUGAGCCUGCUGGAGAUGGUGCUGUGCGGCAUCCAAGUGGUCAACGGCCUCCUGGGCACCGUGUGUGGCGACUGCCGCAAGGCCGAUGACCGAGACGGGGAAGGCCUGUGAGACCAACCGACCGGAGCACUUGCACCAACAGCCACUCCUCCACCCACUUGCCCCCUCUCCCCAAAUCUCUCGGCUAACAGGGGGGCAAUCUUGCAGGUUUAUUGGCAGCCCAAGAAAUAAACGCCGCUCUCUGUUGCAACCUC